CCGUUGGACCCUCGGGCGAGUGGCCUGCCCUAUGUGCGCCCGGCAGCUAGUGCUACUACAGGUGUUCUUCCUGAUGCACCCCCAGGGCGUCCAGCCGCAGUCGUCUGGCUCGCCGUCAGAAACAGCGCCCACUUCUUCGGUCCCGGGGCCGGGCACGCCGGACACGCCGGGCACGCCGGGCACGCCGGGCGGGACCCUCCAGCCGUCCUCGGAGGGGACCGCAGCGUCCUCGGCCGGGCCUGAACUCUCUACGGUGGACUCGACCCUGGCGACCCCUUCGGCGCCUGGGAAUAAGACCGUGGACCUCUUCCCAGUCCUACCGGUCUGUGUCUGUGACUUGACUCCUGGCACCUGCGACGUGAAUUGCUGCUGCGACAGGGACUGCUAUCUCCUCCACCCGAGGACGGUGUUCGCCUUCUGCCUCCCUGGCAGCGUCAGGUCUUCAAGCUGGGUGUGUAUAGACAAUUCUCUGAUCUUCAGGAGUAAUUCCCCGUUUCCUUCGAGAGUUUUCUUGGAUUCAAAUGGAAUCCAACAGUUCUGUGUCCAUGUGAACAACACAAAAUUAAACUAUUUCCAGAAGCUCCAAAAGGUCAAUGCAACCAACUUUCAAGACCUGGCUACAGAGUUUGGAGGAGAAUCAUUCACUUCAACAACGCAAACGCAGUCACCACUACCUUUUUAUAAGGCUGGGGACCCCAUUCUGACUUACUUCCCUAAGUGGUCUGUACUGAGUUUACUGAGGCAGCCUGCUGGAGUUGGAGCUGGGGGACUCUGUUCUGAGAGCAAUCCUGCUGGCUUCCUAGAGAGUAAAAGUACAACUUGCACUCGUUUCUUCAAGAACCUGGCAAGCAGCUGUACCCUGGAUCCAGCCCUUGAUGCUGCCUCUUACUAUAAUUUCACAGUCUUGAAGGUUCCAAGAGGUAUGACUGACCUGCAGAAUUUGAAGCUCCAGGUUCCUGUAACCCCUGCCUCACAGACUGACCCUCCUCUCUUGGCUGGAAACACUUGUCGGAAUGUCGUUUCCCAGGUCAUCUAUGAAAUAGAGACCAAUGGGACUUUUGGGAUCCAGACAGUCACUGUCAGUUUUGGACAAACCAACCUGACUGUUGAACCAGGAACUUCCCUACAGCAACACUUCAUCAUUCGUUUCAGGUCUUUUCAACAGAGCACAGCUGCUUCUCUUCCUGGACCUAGAAGCGGGAAUCCUGGCUAUAUUGUUGGGAAGCCACUCUUGGCUUUAACUGGUGACAUGAGUCACUCGAUGACCCUCUUGCAAAGUCAGGGUAAUGGAAUUUGCUCUGUUAAGAGACAUGAAGUACAAUUUGGAGUAAAUGCAAUGUCUGGAUGCAAGCUCAGGCUGUCAAAGGAUGGCUGCCGUGGCCAGCAGCAGGAGAUUUAUCAGGCUCUUCACGGACAGCCAAGACCGGAGCAUGUUGCCAUCUUUGGUGAUGCAGACCCGGCCCAGAGAGGAGGGUGGACCAGGAUCCUCAGCAGGAGCUGCAGUGUUUCAGCUAUGAACUGUACUUCUUGCUGUACCAUACCAGUUUCCCUGGAGAUCCAGGUAUUGUGGGCCUAUUUAGGCCUUCAGUCUAAUCCACAAGCUCAUGUGUCCAGAGCCCGAUUCCUAUACCAGUGCCAGACAAUACGGGAUUCCCAACAAAUAACGGAAGUAUUUCUCACAACUCUUGUGAAUUUUGUGGACAUUACUCAGAAGCCAGAGCCUCCAAGAGGCCAGCCCAGAGUGGACUGGAAAUUGCCAUUUGAUUUCUUCUUUCCUUUCAAAGUGGCAUUCAGCAGAGGAGUAGACUCUCAAAAAGGUUCAGUGUCCCUCAGCCUUAUCCUGUGCCUCUUACUACUUGGAGUUCUCAACUUAGAAACUAAGUGAAGGAAAAGAAUAAUUAGAUUUCAGUUUUCCCUAUGGGAAGCUCUGAGGCAGCCUAUUGAUCCUGGCUAUAUAGAUUCUUACCUGCUCAUGACUAGAGAGAACAUUUAGGGUAAUAGAGGAUCAACUGGAGGAAUCUUUGUGUGUGAAAGAAGAUAUUUUUAAAAAGUAAUAAAAAAUACUUCAUCCAUCAUAGCUCACUGCAUAGGGCUCUACAGGCUACCAAAUAUACAUUAGAUUCCCUACUUCUCAAGCUGGGAAGGCAGGGAGCCUUCCUGUAGCCUGUCCUGUUGUGUUAUACCCAACUAAAGGUUUGCAAGAUCUUUAUCCACCUGCUCACAUGCACAGUCAAAACCAGCAGACAGAGGACAUACUCCUGCUGUCACCCAGAUUGAACUCAGAAAUGAUUGCCUUCUGGACUUGAGAGGAGCUGACUGUUAGGACGGAAAACUGCUGGCUGUAUAUUUUGUCUGGUUCCUUUGCCAAUGUCUGGCCACACUGUUUGCCCAGGCAUGAAUGGGGAAAGCAGUUCUUUCUACUCAGGUUCCAAAGUGAAUGUGGAAUCCCAGCUCCCUUUUCUACCAUCAAAUGACCUACCAUUCGUUUCUGUUCUUUCUUUCCCUCCAUUGUGGUGAAGAGGGAUAAAGCUGAUAGAGAACUUUGUUGUACUAAUUCCAGCAGCACAGUAGAAGUUAAUUGACUUGUGUUCUGUCACUUGAUUAUUUUUCUAUGUGUGUGAAGUUUUUAAAAAAUAAAUAAAAUGUUCAUAAAUAGCAUAACAGCAU